GAGAGGAGUGGGCACAUCCGACCUCCGAGUAUCCGUCCUUGCGCGUACUAAUAAGUUACUUACGUUCAGCCUACACCCAGCCAGCACCCUUGCUCACACUCCUUCUGACCUUCGCGAUACACCGUCAUCCCAAGUCCACCCCAGCAACCAUGGCCGCGUCGACCCAGACCCGCCUUGCUCCCCCAGAGAAGGCUGCGCUCAGCGGUCAUGCUGCGACACCUGACGUAGGAGGAGCUCUCCAGCGCAACCAGAGCAUGGACUUCCAGACCCUAGAGGGUACCGUCCAUGUCUCGAAGCCAUUCCGCUCGCGCCAGACCAAGAAGCUACGCACGAUGAUCACCUUCACCCCCCGCAAGUCCCACUUCGACACAACGAAUGAGCGUUCGGGUACCAAUGAGUUCCGAGGGUUCUUCACCUUGUUCUGGAUAUCCAUGUUUGUCUUCGUCGUGAGAUCAUACAUCCUCAGCUACGAAGAACAUGGCUACCCUCUGGAGGGAGCGUUCUUCUCCAUGUUCUCCCGCGACGCUAUCACACUAGCUCUGUCAGACGGCGUCCUGAUGGUGAGCACAGGUCUCUGUGUCCCCUUCGUGAAGGCUGUCGUCAAGGGUUGGAUCCGCUUCUACUGGGUUGGCGUCGUACUGCAGCAUCUAUGGCAGACCUCUGUGCUUUUCCUCGCCAUUCAGUGGACCUUCAAUCGUGGCUGGCCAUGGGUGCAGUCUGGCUUCCUCACCCUCCAUACAUUUGUCCUCGUCAUGAAGAUGCAUUCAUAUGUUACGACGAACGGCCAGCUGCAAUGGGUACAUAAACGCGCCGAAAAGAUACACUCGCAGCUCAGGCGACUGGUCGCGGAGGAAGGUGGCUGGGACGCCGCCAUUGAGAGGCGUGCCGAUGGGAUAACGAACGGCACACCGAUGGCGCCGGAAGGCUCGUCGUCUUCCUAUGUCGACGAGAACGUUGCAGGCGCUCUGCGCAAACGGCUCGCAGUCUCUGGCCAUUCAGACGUCAUCGGUCAGGCACUUCCCCCAACUGCUUCGAGGACAUCGUCCGACUUCCCGCCUGAUCGUCCCACACAAGUCAACACAACUGGAACACGCCUUAUGCCGCCGUCCGACACAAGCUCCUCGUCCUAUCCACCCACGCAGUCGCAAAUCCUCGCACACCAUCCCAAUUCGCAGAUUGCCGAUCUUGCCCGCGAGCAUGCGGAACUCGAGGAGGAGCUAACGAGCCCAGGGCCAGAGCGUGUCCGCUGGCCCGAGAGCGUCACGUACAAAAACUUCGUGACGUACAUGACGAUCCCCACGUUGGUGUAUGAGCUCGAGUACCCCAGGACAGACAGGAUUCGUCCGCUGUACGUGUUCGAGAAGACGGUCGCGACGUUCGGCACGUUCGCGCUGCUCUACACUGUCACCGAAAGUUUCAUCCUCCCACACCUGCCCACGCCCGAAACGCCAGUGUGGCGCACCAUGCUUGAUCUCUCGCUGCCUUUCAUGGUCGCCCUGCUGCUGCUCUUCUAUCUCAUCUUCGAGUGUAUCUGCAACGGCUUCGCCGAGCUCUCAUAUUUCGCCGACCGCCGCUUCUACGACGACUGGUGGAACUCCACGUCCUGGGACGAGUUCUCGCGCAAGUGGAACCGCCCCGUGCACACCUUCCUCCUGCGGCACGUGUACGCGUCGGCGAUGACGAGCCUCGGGCUGGGCAAGACCGGCGCGAUGCUGUUCACGUUCCUGCUCAGCGCGUCGGCGCACGAGCUCGUCAUGCUCAUAGUCUCGCAGAAGCUGCGGAUGUACCUCUUUUUCCUCCAGUUGUCGCAGAUUCCGAUGAUCGCUAUCGGGCGCCUGCCAGCUAUCAAGCGCAACAAGCUCGCGGGGAACAUCGUCUUCUGGAGCGGCCUCUUCGUGGGGCUGCCCAUCCUUUGCGUCGCAUACGUGGCGUACUAAACCAAGCGGCCCUCCACACAGACGUUUUUGCGGACCUUGCACACACGACCUGGCAGUCUGCAUCUGCCAGCGGCACAAACUAAUACACACGACUGUCAUGAUCCCCUCAUACUUUGGUUUGGGUUUCUGGUUUCUGGUGGAGUUCUGUGUGUUGCUAAUUACUUUAUGUGUGACCGUAUAAUGCGGUCUGCCGAGUGUCAAGUCACAAUAGAGUACUAUACGAGUCAUAUAUACCUAUCUAUAUAUCAUGCGUUUUCCGUCGUUGUCA